AUGGCUUUCCUCACCAACGCCACCAUCCUGCUGAUCCUGGCCUGCGUCUCCCACCAGGCGCUCGCCAAUGCUCGCAGGACUGCCAGGACACCCCGGCAAGCCAGGUCCCCUCAGCCCAUCAGGGGAAAGACUGUGACCAAAGACAAAGCCGAGUGCACUUGGGCUGCUACGGGCGACGACGUCUUCACCUUGGGCGUGACCUGCAAGAAAGCGGGGAAGAGAAUUAGCUGUGAUUAUGUAGCCCGACCAAAUCUGUGCGCGCAGUUUGCCGGCAAUCCCAAACUCUACUGGAGGCAGAUUGCGCGGAGUCUAAAGAAACAGAAGGAUUUGUGUCAGGAUAGCAAUGCGUUGGUAAAAGCAGGGAUGUGUAGAAAGGCUCCGAGAGAUGCUCAUUUCAGGUUGGGGAAGGCAGACAGCAAGGCCGGCCCACGUAGCGGUCCCAAGCCGUCACCCCCAGCUGUCAGGUCCUGUCAGCCGGCUAACAAGAAGCUAGCACAAGAAUACUGCAAACACGCCUGGUCAACUUUCUGCACUUUCUUUUUCACUAUGGUAAAAGACCAAGACUGUUGA